AUGGCGACCUCGAGGCCUGAUACCCUGAGGGCCCAUUGGAAAUGCAUCACCGCAUGCACCUUGAUUAGCAUGUGCCCAUUUCAAUAUGGAGUUGAUUUUGGUAUCAUCGGUGGUCUCCAGGCUAUGCCUGGCUUUUUGGAUGUCUUUGGGGAAAAGGACCCAACCUCGCCUAUCGGAUACAACAUCUCCCAUACACGCCAGCAGCUGAUCUCAUCUCUCAUGAUUCUUGGUGCUUUCAUCAGCUCCUCCUUUGCCGGUCCCCUUGCAAGGUACAUCGGCCGAAAGAUGUCCAUCUGGAUCGCGGCUCUGCUUUGUGUGGUGGCAAAUGUUAUAAUGAUGACCACCACCAGCAUUGGGGCUCUGUAUUUCGCUCGUUUCUUGAUUGGCAUUGCAAACGGCAUGCUCAUGACAUUCUCGCAGCUGUAUCUCCAAGAAUGUGCUCCUGCGAAAUAUCGAGGUCUUGUCAUUGGCCUUUUCCAGUCCUGGACGUCGAUUGGCACUUUGGUUGGAACCAUUAUCGACAACUUCACCGUCAAGCUUGGAGGCAAGCAGCAAUACAUUGUUCCCCUUGGCAUCAUCUACAUUGUACCUGGAUUUUUGUCUCUGGGGAUGCUCUUUAUCCCCGAAAGCCCUCGGUGGUUCCUUCUCCAGGACCAGGCCGAGAAAGCUCGCAAGGCCCUCUACUGGCUCCGACCUUAUCCCGAGACGGUCGAAGACGAGAUCAAGGAGAUCCAAGAUGCCAUCGCCGCCGAGCGAGCCUUGGCCAAGAGCGCUGACAUUCUGGACAUGUUUCGCAACCCUGUUGAUCGAAGACGCACUCUUCUGUCCAUUGGGGCUGUUUCCCUCCAGGCGGCAUCCGGUGCCAUGUACAUGAUCUCAUACGGCACGUAUUUCUUCGAAAUGGCUCAUGUCGGUUCGGCAUUCGAAAACUCGUGCAUUCUUGUUGCCGUUGGCGUGGCCGCCAUCUUGAUCAACAGCGCCGUCAUUACCAAAUGGGGUCGGAGGCGAGUCUUCCUGACUAUCGGCAUGAUCCUUUGUGGUAUCACGCAACUCAUCGUCGCCGUUGUAUAUGACAAACAAGGCCCAAGCACUUCAACCGGACGAGUUAUUGUCGGCGUCUCGGUUGUCUAUAUUGUCGGCUACAAUGGCAUGGUUGCAACCUACGCAUGGCUCUGCGGUGGCGAGUUCCCGUCGCAGCGCCUCCGAAGCUACACAUUUGGUCUGGCGGCGUCGAUUGGCUUUUUGGGGGCCUGGCUCGCCACUUUCACCGCUCCAUAUUUCAUCAACCCCGAUUCUCUGAACUGGGGUCCAAAGUAUGGAUACAUCUGGACACCGUCUUGCUUGCUCGGCGCGCUGUGGACGUGGUUUUACCUGCCGGAGGUAAAGAACAGGACUUUUGAGGAAAUUGAUGAAAUGUUCGAGGCACGCCUUCCAGCUCGCCAAUUUCGAAAGUACAAGUGUGUGGGAUCAGUCGCCGCUGUGGCGAUGGCUGCGAAGGAGGAUGGAAGCAGUGCCAGCGAAAAGGAUCACGCUGAAGUCAGGCAUGAAGAGGUCAUUUUUGGCAACGAGAAAGUUGCGACUGAGGCUGCGGUUGCCAUCGGUUGAACGUGAACCGCUGGACGAAGCGUUCAGACUGUCAAGCGCCUCGAAAGCACAGGCAGGGUUCAAGUGGCUCACGAGCUACCUGGGAUGCGCGUACCUGAUGUUCUUGUACCCGCGCAGUAGAUAUUGGUUUUGGUGGGAACAACAAGUGCAAGGUCAACGUGAAGCGGU